GCCCAGGGCAGCGAGGGGAAGGGGGGCGAUGGCCGAGAGAAAAAGGAGAACAACCCCUUUGCUGAGUACAUGUGGAUGGAGAACGAGGAGGACUUCGACAGGCAGGUGGAGGAGGAGCUGCAGGAGCAGGAGUUCCUCGACCGCUGCUUCCAGGAGAUGUUGGACGAAGAGGACCAGGAGUGGUUCAUCCCAUCACGAGAUCUUCCCCAGCGCGUGGGGCAGCUGCAGCAGCAGCUCAAUGGGCUCUGCGUCGCUGACGGCCGCGGCCCCGAGGAUGUCGUGAGCAAAAGCACCUUGAACCCCGACGCCAAGGAGUUUGUGCCGGGUGUGAAGUACUGAGAGCUGCAGCCGAGCUCUGCGCCGCGGGAAGCCUUGCUGUGUGCUUUGAGUACCUUCGUUUUGGGGUUGUUUGGGUGUUUUUUUUUCUUUAUUAUUAUGACUUUUAUUUCUUCGUUUUUCAAUCUCCCCUCGUGCCGUCUCUCGGUUUUGGGCAGCUCUUGCUUUCUAAGACUCUCACGGCUCUGAGCUCCAUCCUGGAGCCCUUCUUUGGUCGGCUCUGAAUUGUGGGGAUCCCCCCCGGCCCACCGUGCCCCUCAGCAUUCCCUUCCAUGGGAUCCCCUAUAGCCCAGGGUGAGGCCGAGGGCGCCACAACCACCAGCCCCAAAUUCCUCCUUUCUCAGAUAGGUGCUGACGGAUGGAGGCCGCGUGCUGGGACCCCCUGUAAGGGUCAGGGGUCCAAAGUGGGUUGGGGAGGGGGCACAGACCGGCCCUGGUUGUCCUCCCCCGGGAUGCACUUUGUGGAAUUGGCCUUAAAGGAUUUCUGCCCCCAUCCCACCCUGCGGCGUCGCUCCGUUCCUUUCUCAGCGCAAUAAAUCCAAGGAGAGCUGCA